CAACAAGUAAUCUACCUCCCUUCAUCCCCUCUUUCCUCCUCUCGUCCCUUUUUCGCUUCUUCCCUUGACGACAACCAGACGACAAAAAGGGAAAUCAACAAAUACAAGAGUCACAACAAACACCAUGUCGUCCGCCCACGAGAAGGAGACGGCUCCUACAGCGGCCCACAUCGGGCUCGCUCACACCCAAGAUGUCGAACGCAUCGAAGCCCCCGUCACAUGGAAGGCCUACCUCAUCUGCGCCUUCGCUUCGUUCGGUGGUAUCUUCUUCGGUUAUGACUCCGGUUAUAUCAACGGCGUUCUUGGCUCGCAGAUCUUCAUCAAUGCCGUCGAAGGCACCAAUCCCAUCGUCAAGCAGCUUUCCGAAUCCCACCAGUCCCUCGUCGUCUCUAUCCUGUCCUGCGGUACCUUUUUCGGCGCCCUGAUUGCCGGUGACCUCGCCGACAUGAUGGGCCGCAAGUGGACCGUCAUUCUCGGCUGUCUCAUCUACUUGAUCGGUUGCGUGAUUCAGAUGAUCACUGGUCUUGGUGAUGCUCUCGGUGCUAUCGUUGCUGGCCGUCUUAUUGCUGGUAUCGGUGUGGGUUUCGAGUCCGCCGUCGUCAUUCUGUACAUGUCCGAGAUUUGCCCUCGCAAGGUCCGUGGUGCCUUGGUCGCCGGUUACCAAUUCUGCAUCACCAUCGGUCUCAUGCUUGCUUCUUGCGUCGUCUACGCAACUCAGGACAGGAAGGAUACCGGUGCUUACCGUAUUCCUAUCGCCAUCCAGUUCAUUUGGGCUCUCAUCCUUGCCGGUGGUCUUAUGUGCCUCCCCGACUCUCCUCGCUACUUCGUCAAGAAGGGUAACCUCGCCGCUGCUACCAACUCUCUGUCCCGUCUUCGUGGCCAGGACCCCAACUCCGAGUACAUCCAGGUCGAGCUUGCUGAGAUCGUCGCCAACGAGGAGUACGAGCGUCAGCUCAUUCCCUCCACCACCUGGUUCGGCUCCUGGGCCAACUGCUUCAAGGGUUCUCUCUGGAAGGCCAACUCCAACCUCCGCAAGACUAUUCUUGGAACCUCUCUUCAGAUGAUGCAGCAAUGGACCGGUGUCAACUUCAUCUUCUACUACUCCACCCCUUUCCUUAAGUCUACCGGCGCCAUCUCCAACACCUUCUUGAUCUCCAUGGUCUUCACCAUCAUCAACGUCUUCUCCACUCCCAUCUCCUUCUGGACCGUCGAGCGCUUCGGCCGCCGCACCAUCCUCUUCUGGGGUGCCCUCGGCAUGCUCAUCUGCCAGUUCCUCGUCGCCAUUAUCGGUGUCACCGUCGGCUUCAACAAGACCCACAUGGGCGCCAACGGCGAGUCCAUGGCCAACAAUGUCAGCGCCGUCAACGCCCAGAUCGCCUUCAUCGCCAUCUUCAUCUUCUUCUUCGCCUCCACCUGGGGUCCUGGUGCUUGGAUCUUGAUCGGCGAGAUCUUCCCUCUCCCCAUCCGCUCGCGCGGUGUUGGUCUGUCCACCGCCUCCAACUGGCUCUGGAACACCAUCAUCGCCGUCAUCACCCCUUACAUGGUCGGCGAGAAGCGCGGAGACCUCAAGUCGUCCGUCUUCUUCGUCUGGGGCGGUCUUUGCACCUGCGCCUUCGUCUACACUUACUUCCUCGUGCCUGAGACCAAGGGACUCUCGCUCGAGCAGGUCGACAAGAUGAUGGAGGAGACGACCCCCAGGACUUCGGCCAAGUGGAAGCCUAGCACCACCUUUGCCCACGCGGCUGAGGAUGGUAUGCUCAACGUACCUGCUGAGAAGCAGGUUUAAGCUAUGAGCUGAGCGUUGACACUACCGAAAGAAAAAAGAGAAAUAGAAAA